AAUAUUUGAAUAUAAUUAAAAUUGACCUUUUUACCAAGGUAAAUGACAUAUUAUGUUCGUUGUAUAAAAGCACCCAGCUGUUUGUGUUUCCUGUUAUGUUCAUAUAUUGACAAUACAUACAGUCAGCAGCAUUUACGAUCAUUGAACUUGGUUAUUCUGUAUUGUGGAUAUAUAUUAGGGGACAUGCACAUGCUUGAGUAGGUGUUUACUUACUGUCAGUAAUGGGAGAUUUGCACUAACAUACGGCCAGGUAUGUGAAGUAGAUUUCCUGAUCAAAAUCGUCGACAAAUCAAUAUAUACGUAGUUUGGGCAUACCAUUAUGGAAGAGAAAGAGAAGAAAUAUCACGAGGAUCUAGAAGAUGAAGAUCUAAUCCCGACACCCCCAGACGGGGGAUGGGGCUGGAUGGUAACCUUUGCAUCACUUGUUUGUAACUUUAUUGUCGAUGGAAUUGGUUACGCCUUUGGUGUUCUGCUGCCAAUUUUUGCCGAACAUUUUGAGGAAUCGAAAGGAAAAGUUUCUUUGGUUGGUUCUCUAUUGUUUGGUGUAUAUUUAUGUUCAGGUCCCAUAGCCAGUGGUCUAGUGAACAAAUUUGGUUGUCGUCCGGUCACAAUUGCAGGAAGUAUAAUAGCUUCGGUUGGAUUUUUAUUGGGAUCCUUCGCUCCUAAUCUCAACAUACUUAUAUUAACAUAUGGGGUUCUCGGAGGUCUUGGUUUUGGUUUGAUAUACUUACCAUCGAUAGUAACAGUCGGUUUUUAUUUCGAGAAAAGACGAGCACUUGCCACAGGAAUUGCAAUGUGUGGUUCUGGAAUAGGGACAUUUGUAUUCUCGCCGUUAAAUGAUUAUUUGUUGGGACUGUAUGGUUGGAGAAAUUUACUUUUUAUCCAAUCUGGAAUAAUUUUAAACGGUGUUGUAUGUGGAAUGUUAAUGCGACCACUGAAAGUGAAACCCAGAAAGCGAAGUAAGGACGAUACACUUAAUAAUCAUGCGAAAAAAAUGUCUGAAGAAAGUCGUCAAAGGACAGAGUCUGAUCCAGAUGUUUAUGAAAGAAACAUAUCGACAGAUUUGCUAAGCAAAGACCCGUCUAUAAGGGAAAUUACCAAUGGGAGAGGGUCUUUACCGGAAGUUCAUUAUGUUAGCACUAAAAGUAACGAAAUAAAUUCAAAUAUGAAAGAAACAUUCCAGCCUUUGAUUAUAAAAGAAAUCAUUCCUAGGACAAACCGAAGUAGAGCUGAUUCGCAACCUUCAGUGAUGCAACACAGAGUUGACUUUGCAAGACCAAUGUACAAGAAAGAUAUAUUCUAUAGUGGAAGCAUAGAUAGAAUACCACAGUUUAGAUCUCAGCCUAAUGUCCAUAGUUAUGUAGCCAGUAUAACGUCUAUUCCAGGAAUAGAUGAACCAGAGAGAUCCUCAGUUUGGGACAAAUGUACAUGCUUGCCUAAAACUGUGACAGACAUUCUUAAGGAAAUGUUGGACUUUUCAUUGAUGUUGAAAAUUUCGUUUUUCAUGUUGUUUAUAGGUAACGUUUUUGCGUGUACUGGGUAUUUUAUUCCAUUCAGCUAUAUAGUGGACAGGGCUGUACAGAUGGGUAUUUCCAGUUCUAAUGCUGCUUUCCUACUCUCAAUAAUGGGAAUCACCAACACCAUAGGUCGGGUCCUUUGUGGAUUUCUCGCUGAUCUCAGUUUUGUCAAUCCUUUAAUUCUGAACAAUGCAAUGCUAGUAUUAAGUGCAGCAGUUUUGUUCCUUGAGCCACUUUGUACAACCUAUGCAAUGCUGGUAGGAUUUUCAGUGAUAUAUGGUUUAUGUAUAGCUGCAUAUAUAUCACUGACUUCACCUAUAAUAUGCGAUCUCCUUGGAAUUGGUAAACUGUCGAAUGCUUUUGGUUUACUCAUAUUGGCCCGUGGUGUGUCGGGCAUAUACGGUCCUCCUUUAGCAGGUGCAGUUUUCCAAGCAACCAAUAACUAUGACGCUUCAUUUUACCUUGGUGGAGGAAUGUAUUUAUUGAGUGCUGUCUGUCACAUGGUACUACAUUUUCCAUGCAUUAAAAAGGAGGAACAAAGAAAAGAAUUAGACAUAAGAUAAACACAUAACUAAUAUUCCGGAUUUACACAAAGGAGUAUUUGGAUCUCUAGUCUAUCAUCGUAAAUCACAUUUGUUAGGACAUGCGACGUUUAAGUUAUACUUCUUUGGUUUUAGCAAUUGAAAAACGGACCAUAUGUAUUUUUGAUUUUUUUACUUUUUUUACUGACGUAUAAUAAAUUAUGCAUAAUUACUAUUAUAGAUAAACAUAUUUGGUUUUUUGUU